UGUCAUUUCUGACCCCCGACUCUCUCUGCGCGCGCGCCCCCCUCACCAACCACCACUGCCACCCCUGGUUUGGACCUCCUGAUAUACAGGACAUACAGGCAGGCGAGGGCCAUACAGUGAGAGGAAAGCAGGAAGGAAAGGAGGGAGGACAGACAGACAGACGAAUAGAGAGGGAGAGAAAGAUCCGCCUCUGUCCUCCUCCGAGCACUCGCUGCGCGCACAGCGUGCCCGAACCGACGCGGCGAUUCCUCCUCUUCCUCCUCCUCCUCCUCCUCCUCCUCCUGUGUGAUCGGGAUACCAAAACACGCAGCGGCUGGCUUAUUAAUGCCUCCCCUCCGCUCGAUUCCCCCCUUUCUUCCAGGAAUCAUUUUUCUAGCAGCCGAAAUUCAUUCACGAGAGUUGAAAAACCAUCGAUCGGGGAAGGCUUUUUAAUUUUUUCUUCUUAUAUUUUUUCUGGUGCGUUUUUACGCCGCGGUGACUGGAUGAACGCGCGCAGGAAAAGGUUAUUCCCGACUCCUCUGCGCUAGAUGUGUCCACCUAUGUACCCCCUGCGCCUGGCGACACGGUCUGGGACGCACCACUGAGAUGUGAAUCUUCACCACUGAUUUACCCUUUGAUAGUGAAAACGUGCACAAAAACAGGCCUGCAUGGUGUCAGAAACACUGAACUGUGAGAGAAACGGCUCGCCGCACGACCGUCUGGACUCAGCAGGAAGUACCUACUCAUCCACUUCCAGGUCAAACUUGGACGUCAUGUGGGCCAGAUGCCUGCUCUUCAUCGCUACCUUGCUCUUCCCUGCAGCCGUCGUCUAUGGCCGGGCUCCCAUACCCAUGGCAGUGGUGCGACGGGAGCUGUCCUGCGAGUCCUACCCCAUCGAGCUGCGCUGCCCGGGCACGGACGUCAUCAUGAUCGAGAGCGCCAACUACGGCCGCACAGACGACAAGAUCUGCGAUUCGGACCCGGCUCAGAUGGAGAACACGCGGUGCUACCUGCCCGAUGCGUACAAGAUCAUGUCAUUCAGAUGUAACAACCGUACCCAGUGUGCAGUCGUGGCCGGUCCUGAUGUUUUUCCCGAUCCCUGUCCGGGGACGUACAAGUACCUUGAAGUCCAGUACGAGUGUGUCCCCUACAAAGUGGAACAAAAAGUUUUUCUGUGCCCUGGCAUUCUGCGGGGAGUAUACCAAAGUGAGCAUCUCUUUGAGUCGGAUCACCAGUCUGGUGCAUGGUGCAAAGACCCGCUGCAGGCCUCCGAUAAGAUCUACUACAUGCCCUGGACGCCAUACCGCACAGACACUCUGACGGAGUACUCAUCAAAGGAGGACUUCAUAGCAGGCCGGCCCACGACUACGUACAAGCUACCGCAUCGGGUCGACGGGACAGGCUUCGUUGUCUACGACGGCGCGCUCUUUUUCAACAAAGAGCGCACACGCAACAUUGUCAAGUUUGACCUGCGCACGCGUAUCAAAAGCGGCGAGGCCAUAAUCGCUAACGCCAACUAUCAUGACACGUCGCCGUACCGCUGGGGCGGCAAGUCGGACAUUGACCUUGCUGUGGACGAAAAUGGGCUGUGGGUGAUCUAUGCAACGGAGCAGAACAACGGGCGCAUCGUGGUGAGCCAGCUGAACCCUUACACCCUGCGCAUCGAGGGCUCCUGGGACACCACCUACGACAAGCGAUCCGCCUCCAACGCCUUCAUGAUCUGUGGCGUCCUGUAUGUCGUCAAAACGGUCUACGAGGACGAUGACAACGAAGGGACGGGGAACAAGAUUGACUACAUGUACAACACUGAUAAGAGCAAGGAGACCACCGUCAACAUCCCCUUCCCUAAUUCCUAUCAGUACAUCGCUGCCGUGGAUUACAACCCAAGAGACAACCUGCUGUACGUGUGGAAUAACUACCAUGUGGUCAAAUAUUCACUGGACUUCGGUAACAACGACUUCCGGCCGCCUCCCAUCAUCCCACCUAACCGGGGAGGAGGUCACGCAGGCGGUGGGGGUUCCUCCUCCUCAUCGACAGGCCGGGGCACCACCACCCGCUCCCCUCCCUACUACACCACCCCCAGACCCCUUCUCACCACCUCCCCUGGCCAGCGCUAUCGGACGACCACCACAGUCCGCCAGCCCAUCCUGGUUCCUGCUGGAGGCUCAGCGUCCGACACCAACCAGAUUCCGGACACCAACCAAAAAGCCGGGGGAUCCCCUCCGGUGCUGAGCCCCCCGGCCGUCCCCCAGCCCCCUGUCCUUCCACCCCAAGAUUUCUGCAGUCCGAGGGUGACAGCUGAUAUUUCGUGGCCCCGGACGCAGCAAGGCCAGACAGCCAAGCAGCCAUGCCCUGUGGGGACACUAGGAGUGGCUACCUACGUGUGCAUGGCACAUAUUGGCUACUGGGAUCCUCAAGGCCCUGACCUCAGCAACUGCACUUCACCUUGGGUGAAUCACAUCAUGCAGAAGCUUCGCUCAGGAGAGACGGCAGCGAUAGUGGCCAGGGAGCUGGCGGAGCAGACCAAGGGCCCUUUACGGCCGGGUGACGUGCCGUCCACGGUUCGGGCCAUGGCCCAGCUUGUUGAGCUGCUGGACGUUCAACUCCGAAACCUAACCCCUGGGGGCAAAGACAGCGCCGCCCGCAGCCUCACCAAGCUUCAGAAGAGAGAAAGGUCCUGCAGGUUUUUCACACAGGCGAUGGUUGAGACGGUAAAUAAUUUGCUGCAUCCACGAGCCCAGACAGCGUGGAGGGAGCUGCCCACCAGCGAGCAGCUGCACUCAGCCACUCUGCUCCUCGACACGGUGGAAACGGGGGCUUUUAUGUUGGCUGACAACCUCCUGAAGACUGACACUGUGCAGGAGACAACAGAAUACAUCCAGCUGGAGGUGGCCAGGCUGAGCACGGAUGGAAACCUCGCCGACCUGACAUUCCCUCAGUCAGAGCAACACGGAAACUCCAUCCAGCUGUCAGCCAGCACUCUGAAGCAACACGGCAAAAACGGUGAGAUCAGGAUGGCGUUUGUGCUGUACAGAAACUUGGGCUCCUACCUGCCCACCGAGAACGCCAGCGUCCGACUGGGCGGCGAGGCGGUCUAUCCGAAUUACUCGGUCAUUGUCAACUCCCCGGUGAUCACGGCUUCCAUCAACAAGGAGAGCAGUAAGGUUUACCUGUCUGAGCCGGUGGUCUUCACAGUCAAACACUUACAGCAUUCGGAGAAGAAUUUCAAUCCCAACUGCUCUUUCUGGAGCUACUCCAAGCGCACCAUGACGGGAUUCUGGUCGACGCAGGACUGCCGGUUGUUGGCCACCAAUCGCACACACACCACCUGCUCCUGCACCCACCUUACCAGCUUUGCCGUUCUCAUGGCCCACGUGGAAGUGAAGAAAACCGACAGCAUGCACGACGUGCUCCUGGACGUCAUCACGUGGGUGGGCAUCCUGCUGUCCCUGGUGUGCCUGCUGAUCUGCAUCUUCACCUUUUGCUUCUUCCGAGGGCUUCAGAGUGACCGCAACACCAUUCACAAAAACCUUUGCAUCAGCCUGUUUAUCGCAGAGUCCUUGUUUCUGGUCGGGAUCAACAAGGCAGAUCAACCGAUUGUCUGCGCGGUGUUCGCAGCCCUGCUUCAUUUCUUCUUCUUGGCAGCGUUCACCUGGAUGUUCUUGGAAGGCGUGCAGCUUUACAUCAUGCUGGUGGAGGUGUUUGAGAGUGAGCACUCCAGGACUAAGUAUUUCUACCUGGCGGGGUACGGAGUGCCCGCCAUCAUAGUGGCGGUCUCGGCCGCGGUGGACUACCGGAGCUACGGCACAGACCGAGUGUGCUGGCUUCGAUUGGACACAUACUUCAUUUGGAGCUUCAUAGGUCCGGCUACUCUCAUAAUUAUGCUGAAUGUUAUCUUCCUGGGUAUCGCCUUGUAUAAGAUGUUCCACCAUACGGCUAUCCUGAAACCAGACUCUGGGUGUCUGGACAACAUCAAGUCCUGGGUGAUCGGCGCCAUCGCUCUGCUGUGUCUGCUGGGCCUCACCUGGGCUUUUGGACUCAUGUACAUCAACGAGAGCACGGUGAUCAUGGCCUACCUCUUCACCAUCUUCAACUCCCUGCAGGGCAUGUUCAUCUUCAUCUUCCACUGCAUCCUGCAGAAAAAGUCUAUAACAACCCGGCCGUGGGCAUGUACAACACCCAAGCACCCUACCGGGACACAAAGGGCAUCCUGAACAAUGCAAGAGAUUCCAGUGUAAUGGAUACGCUCCCUCUGAAUGGUAACCACCCAAACAACUACAACAUGGCCAGCAGUGAGUACUUGAGCGACUGCGUCCAGAUUCUGGACCGGAGCGGCGGUUACGGCACCCAUAGCAACCACAAAGAGACCACCUUGGAGAAGAAGAUCCUCAAGGAGCUGACUUCCAACUACAUCCCGCCGUACCUUAAUAACCACGAGCGUGCAACCACGGAGCGCAGUCACAACCUGAUGAACAAGCUGGUCAACAGCAGUAUGGCAAAUGGAGGGAGUAUGGCUGGGGGCAGCAGUAGCAGCAGCAGCAGUGGCGUGAGCGGCUGUGUGGGCAGCGGCAAAGAAGACAACGGUCACCUAGUGCUGGACAACCCGGCGGCGUUCCCCCACGAGGAGAACCUUGGUCUGGAGAUCAUCCGGGAGGAGUCCAAUGCUCCCUUGCUGCCGCCGCGGCCCCCUCCUCCAGACAGCCACCCACCACCGCCGCCCCCUCCUCACAGCUUCUCCCGACAGCGGCGCAUCCCCCAGGAGCCCAGCGAGAGCUUCUUCCCCCUGCUAACCAACGAACACACCGACGAGCACACACACUCCCCCAACCACAGAGACUCGCUCUACACAAGCAUGCCGGUGCUGACGGACCUCCCAGAUGGGCAGAUAAACGGUUUAACAGACGGAGAGGAAGACAGCUCCGGGGAGCUCCAGCCCUGCAAGAGCGCCACUGCUCCAGAGCUGGAUGACGUCUAUUAUAAGAGCAUGCCAAACCUGGGCUCCAGGAAUCACCUACACGAGCUGCAGAGCUACUACCACAUGGGCCGUGGUGGCAGCGAUGGGUACAUGGUGUCCGGAAGCAAGGAGGAGUCCGACUCGUCUCCCGAGGAGGUGCCCGUAGACCCCUCUCAUCUGGUUACGAGUCUAUAGAGCCGGUCCAGACUUCUAUCCUUCCCCGUCCCUGAAGCCCAAUGUCACACUUUUAAAGUUCAAACAUUCUGUGUUGUUGACAGAGCUGGCCUGCCCUUGGAUUGACACACUGUGUGGGACAUUUUCCGUUGUUCAUGGAUGAGAUAUCACUGGUCGGAUCUAAAAAAUAAUAAUAAAAAAAAAAUAUGAGACUGAAUGUAUUGUCAUAAACGCUGCAGACUAAUAAGGCGGGUCUUGAAGACUUCUUUUUGUAACCAGGAAUGGGAGAGUUUGCAACCGAACGGAAUUCUUUCAAUUCAAAAGUUGAGCUAGACUGACCGUGGCCCUACAAGAACCCAACUAUGAACUUCAAGCAGAGAUUCUAGUGUCUAGUCUCCACAUCUUCAAGGCCGUCAGAGCGUGUGUCCGUGUCUCCAUGUCUGAAAAGACACUUGUUUGGACGAUGUCGUCAACUCUUUGAAGGGUACAGCAGGAGGUACUACCUUCCUGCCAAGUGAAGGAUAGACGAUGUUGUACCCUCAAGCGGUCAACCGGGAACAAUGAACAACUACCACGUCAAGCCAAAUUCCUUUUUUUUCCCGUUCAUAUCUGCUAAACUGGAAUCGUGUCUGGGCUGGUGUAACAUUCCUGCGAGUUGUAGUGACUACGGAUACUGUGUAUUUCACUCAAAAUCAAGAAAGACCAUAAGACUUCUAAAUGAACUCAAAAAGAUAAAAAAGAUUUAAAAAAAACAAGAAUGAAUUCCGUUGAUUCUCCUUUCUUCUGUAAACGUUUUUUCAGUUAUCAAAGGAUUACGAGGAGCUCACAUAAUGUUUUUAUGUAUUGUACAGAAUACAGAUACAAAAAUGUUGCAUAUGACUAAGUCUUUUAUUUUUGAAGUUGAAAAUCUUUUCGUCUGUGGGACUGUUCUGAAACGUCACAACAUGUUCUGGUCGUCUACAGGCCGCAGAUGGAACAAAGAACAAUCUGUCAUGUCAUUCUUUCUCAGAUACAGUUUAAGCACUCCUUCAUUAAUAUGCAUAUACCCUCACACAGGACGUCCCGGUCCUUGAAUAGCAACACCACUGACACAUUUGCAAAUCAGUUUUCCAAUAUACUUUACCACUGUGUUUUGUUUUUUUAAUUUUAUAUAUGAAGGGAAAAUGAUCAAAUGAUGAACGUUUUUUUACAAAACCGCUGCAAAAAGGAGCCUGGUUGAUACAAACACAGAUGCAAGACUUGAGGUGAAGUGAAUAAACGGUUUAAUAUAUAUUGUCUUUGUUGCCAAAUAUAUAGAAAUUGACAUGUCCUCGUUGUGACAAUGGUGGUGAGUGAAACAACUGCCAGUCCGAUGCUGCGUUCACACCAAAUGUGAUUUGCGUGUCUGUUUCAAAUUUGCUGAAUAACGCCUUAUCCAAAAAUGUGUUCAUAAACUUCCCACUCCUAUCGCAUGUGAGAGGAGCUAGUGUCAAAAGUUUUUAGCUUCAUCGCUACUUGGGAGGAUUGUCUGUAUCUCAUUUACAAUGCAUGGAAGACAUGGAUGAUGUUGAGAGAUCAGGUUUAUUUUAGGACCGGGAAUCGAUUAAAAAAAAUUAACUAAUUAACCGCAAACCCAGGAAAAAAAUUAAUCGCAAUUAAUCGCAAUAACUUUUUUUUGUUGCUACAUUCGAGGCUCAGGCUGUGACAACGGUGAUACGGAGAAAUAGUCCGCUUUUUGUGAAAAAGCAAUCUAAACUGGAAAAUAAACAAGAACUAAAAACUGAUUGAAUAUUUAUUUCUUCUGUAGAUAACUAUGGUAAAUGUGGGAUGAUACCUGACGAAGUGUUUUAAAUCACGCAAAGCGAAAGACUGCUGCUCCGCGAGGUGCAAUUAAUUUGUGUUAAUAAAUAUACGCUUUAACACUGUUUGGUUAAUUGCGUGCGCUAACACUUUAAUGUUCACAGCCCUAGUUAUAUAUGUCGAAGAGCCCUACUAAACCCUUGGUUAGCAUGUCGCCAUGUCUGAGUUCAUGAAAUCAAUCAGACUCUCCCAGUACAGUGAGGUUCACUCCAUAUACUGACUAGGGGACGCUUUCAGCGGUACUUCUGUCCCGCAUUCAUCUGAGAAGAGAAAAUAUUAAAACAAGAAUAAAAUUCGAGGACCUAUUUAUAAUUGUCAUGAUACAUAUCCGAAAAAUAUAAUAAAAUUGAGGAGUAGAACGAUCAGAUUCCCACUAAAUUACAUCGUUAACUAACCCUUCUGCUAUCCUAGGGGAUGUUUACGUUGAAAGUGGGGAUGUCUUGAUUUUUUUAUCUUCUCUGGUGUCUGUGGCAGAUAUUAAAUCCUGUCCACCUUUGGAAAGGUGGGAGGGAUCACGCAUCAAUAUAAAGUAAGGGUCGUCUGGACCCCAUGAGAGAGCACAAGGGUUAAUCAUGGUCCAAAGCCGAGUCCCUGAUUGGUUGACCCGACACGCCUUUUUUUUCCCAAAGUUCAAAUAUUUGAACUCUGGACACGCUACAACGCCUAAAACGCAGGACCUCUGAUCAUUUCUGUAAAUUGACUUAACAUUGGAUCGCCUCCGCCGCAAAAAUCGCGUUCGAUGUGAACGCAGCUCCAAAGUUUUAAUCAAUGCAAAAUAGGGAAACGCUGCAUCAUCACACAGCAGCUCCAUUCAAUGUCGCUAAAGCAAGGUUUACAAAUUUACAGGCAAAGAUUCAUAAGUGUAUGAAUUGUAGCUUUCCCAUGCACCCCCCUAGCCCCUCCCCGUCCCUAAGAGAGAAAUUAUUUAUUUAUCCGUUUAUUGGGUUUAAGAGCAGCCAAACAAGCUAGGGAAAAUAGGCUUUAGACUGGAGUAUAUAAAAUGACACUGUUUUUUUGUUUCAUCCUUUCUUUAAAUUAUUAUGAUCAUGAUUAUAAUUACAAUAUUACUGAUAAUUAUUUAUUCUUUUUGUAUGGGUUUCAAGUCGAAAGAUCUCAUAACUAAUAUUUGUUGUGACAGUGAAAGUUGUUUGCCAACAAAUAAAUUACUGACAUAGCU